GGACGGUUUCAAUUCUUCUAAUUACUAUCGACAUGUACAAAAUAAUAAAUUUCACUCAAAAACGUCUUAACGUAGCGAAAAUUAAAAGUUUUAGAUAUGUGAGUGCUUCUAGUUCUCGACAGGAAGGUCCUCUAUUUCCCCAUAAGGAUGAAUUUCCUCCUAGACAUAUCGGCCCUAGAGAUAGUGAUAUUAUCACUAUGCUAGAUACACUAGGGUUUAAGAGUUUGGAUGAGUUAACCGAUAAGGCUGUACCGAAAAAAAUUAGUUUGCCAAAACAACUUGACAUUGAAGAACCUGUUAGCGAAUAUGAGUUGAUCAACCGAAUAAGCAAAAUAGCGGAACGUAAUAAAAUAUGGAGGUCGUACAUCGGAAUGGGCUACCACAACUGUUGCGUACCCCAUACCAUCAUGAGGAAUAUUUUCGAAAAUCCCGGAUGGACCACCAACUACACACCCUAUCAACCGGAGGUAGCGCAAGGACGCUUGGAGGGCCUCCUCAACUACCAGACCGUGGUCACCGAGCUGACAGGCUUGGAAGUGGCCAACGCCUCCCUCCUGGACGAAGGAACAGCCGCUGCGGAAGCCCUGUCUCUGUGCUACAGACAAAAUAAGAGAAACAAGCUUCUAGUGUCGAAUUUAUUACAUCCGCAGACAAUAUCGGUGGUUCAGACUAGGUGUCAGUCGUUGGGACUGACCGUGGAAGUUAACGACGUCUUCGAGGUGGACUUCUCCAGCAGAGAAUAUGCCGGAGUUCUGGUCCAGUAUCCAGACACUGAAGGCAAUGUUCACGAUUUCAGCGGGGUCGCCGAACAAGCCCAUUCGCAUGGUACCCUAGUAUGCUGCGCCACGGACCUGUUAAGCUUAACACUGCUACGACCUCCUAGUGAAUUCGGUGCCGACAUCGCCGUGGGCACCAGCCAACGCUUGGGAGUGCCCCUAGGCUACGGCGGACCCCACGCGGGUUUCUUCGCCUGCAGCCAGUCCCUUGUGAGGUUGAUGCCAGGAAGGAUGAUAGGAGUUACCCGCGACGCCGCUGGAAGGGAUGGAUACCGUUUGGCGUUGCAGACCAGAGAGCAGCACAUCAGGAGGGACAAAGCUACCAGCAACAUCUGCACGGCGCAGGCGCUGUUGGCGAAUAUGGCGGCAAUGUUCGCUGUGUACCACGGGCCGCAGGGUCUUAAGGAUAUCGCUACGAAGAUCCACAACUUUGCUUUGGUGUUAUAUUACGGCCUCAAACAAGACAACAACAUGCUCCCCAACUCCCUGUUCUUCGACACUUUAAGGGUAGAACCGAAGUUAGAUCCCGAAGAAAUAAAACAACGUGCCGCAGAAAAGCAAAUCAACCUCCGUUACUACGAAGACGGUUCCGUAGGCGUGGCUUUAGACGAAACAGUGACCUUCCAAGACAUAAACGACCUCUUCCACAUAUUCGGCGCCCCCCAGAAAAUCGAGGACUUGAUCAACUUCCCUGAUGUGCGUGACGUGUCUAUCUCAAAAAGCGAAUUCAAAAGAACCUCCCCCUUUUUGACUCAUCCGGUAUUCAAUUCUCAUCAUUCCGAAACUAGAAUCGUAAGGUACAUGAAGAAGCUGGAGAACAAGGAUAUCUCCUUGGUACACUCAAUGAUUCCUCUAGGCUCUUGCACAAUGAAGUUGAACUCGACGACGGAGAUGAUGCCGUGCUCUUUCAAACACUUUACCGACAUUCACCCCUUCGCACCUUUAGAACAGAGCUUGGGCUACCACCAACUCUUUGCGGAAUUAGAAAAAGACCUCUGCGCCAUAACUGGAUACGACAAGAUAAGCUUCCAGCCCAAUAGUGGCGCCCAAGGCGAAUACGCUGGGUUAAGAGCCAUCCAAUGCUACCACGAAGCUAGAGGUGAUAUUCACAGAGACGUGUGUUUGAUUCCUGUGAGUGCCCAUGGCACCAACCCCGCAAGCGCUCAGAUGGCUGGCAUGCGAGUAGAACCUGUGAAAGUCCGACAGGACGGCACCAUAGACGUGGAGGACCUGCAGUCGAAAGCGGAGAAGUUUACGAACCGGUUGUCUUGUUUCAUGAUAACUUACCCGUCCACUAAUGGAGUCUUUGAGGAAACCGUAGCUGACAUGUGCGAUAUAAUUCACAAAAACGGCGGUCAAGUGUACCUAGACGGUGCCAAUAUGAACGCGCAGGUAGGACUGUGCAGACCUGGCGACUACGGUGGAGAUGUCUCCCACUUGAACCUGCACAAGACUUUCUGCAUUCCUCACGGUGGGGGAGGUCCUGGCAUGGGUCCUAUAGGUGUUAAGUCUCACUUGGUGCCUUUCCUACCCGGGCAUCCUGUAGUGAAUCCCCUUGGUGAGAAUUCCACGUCUUACGGAGUGGUCAGUGCGGCUCCGUUUGGAUCUAGUGCCAUCUUACCCAUUUCGUGGGCUUACAUCAAGAUGAUGGGACCUAGAGGUUUAAGGAAGGCCACCCAAGUGGCUAUACUGAACGCCAAUUACAUGUCUAAGGUACUGGAGCCUUACUAUGUGACUCUAUUCAAGAGUUCAACCACGAACUUAGUAGCGCACGAAUUCAUCAUCGACGUUAGAGAGUUUAAGAAAACGGCUAACAUAGAAGCGGGCGAUAUCGCCAAACGACUGAUGGACUUUGGUUUCCACGCCCCUACGAUGAGUUGGCCCGUUGCCGGUACUCUCAUGAUCGAGCCCACGGAAUCAGAAGACAAACAGGAGCUGGAUCGAUUUUGCGAGGCUCUGAUCACGAUCAGACAGGAGAUCCGAGACAUAGAAGAAGGAAGGAUGGAUAUAAGGCUCAAUCCCUUGAAGAUGGCGCCACACACGCAAUUGCAAGUUAUCAGUACAUCAUGGGAGAGACCGUACACUCGCGAACAGGCAGCUUUUCCAGCCGACUUUGUCAAGCCAGAUCAUAAGAUUUGGCCUACCGUGGCGAGGAUCGACGAUAUUUAUGGAGACAAGCAUUUGGUAUGCACUUGUCCGCCGAUUCUGGAGGAGUACGGUUAUUGAUAUCGGGCCAGGUUAGGAAUAUUUACAACACUGCGAUAGCGGUUUCGGACUGGAUGAAUAAGUGUGAUAUUUUAAAAGUUGUUCUGCCUCGUCUUGUUAUAAUCGCAUACAAGUUUUUAAGCAAAUUCUGCUCGUAAUUAUUUUUCUCUUUUUACUUUAAUUAAUAAAGAAUGAAUAAAAUAAAA